CAUCAGGGCAGCGUGUCGAGUGGUGAAGCAUCACCUAUAUCUGGAUUCAUGACUGCGCCUGAAGCUGUAAGAAAGCGCCACAAGGCCAGCUCCAAUGGAGCAGGGGCUGGGGCGAAAGGCCAUGCUAAGGAGCCGGCACAGUGGGGAAGGGCAUGGGAGGUGGAUUGGUUCUCUCUGACAUGUGUGCUCCUGCUGCUUUGUCUGGCCCCUUUCAUUGUCUUUUUCUUCGUCAUGGCAUGUGAUCAGUACCAGUGCUCCAUCAGCCACCCUUUACUAGACCUCUACAAUAGUGAUGCCACCCUGCUUACCAUCUGGAACCGUGCCCCUUCCUUCACAUGGGCUGCAGCCAAAAUCUAUGCCAUCUGGGUCACUUUUCAGGUGGUGCUGUACAUGUACGUUCCAGAUUUCUUGCACAAGAUCUUACCUGGCUAUGUGGGAGGAGUUCAGGAUGGUGCCCGAACACCAGCAGGUCUGAUUAAUAAGUAUGAGAUCAACGGUCUACAGUGUUGGAUAAUAACUCAUGUUUUGUGGGUGGCCAACGCUCAAUACUUCCAUUGGUUUUCACCAACCAUCAUCAUCGACAACUGGAUCCCUCUGUUGUGGUGCACCAACAUCCUCGGCUAUGCCGUGUCCACUUUUGCUUUCGUCAAAGCGUACGUGUUCCCUACCAACCCAGAAGACUGUAAAUUCACCGGCAACAUCUUCUAUAACUACAUGAUGGGGAUUGAGUUCAACCCUCGUAUUGGACAAUGGUUUGACUUCAAGCUUUUCUUCAAUGGCCGGCCCGGUAUCAUAGCGUGGACUCUCAUUAACUUGUCCUAUGCUGCCAAACAGCAGGAGCUGUAUGGUUAUGUGACAAACUCCAUGAUAUUGGUCAAUGUUUUGCAAGCCAUCUAUGUGUUGGACUUCUUCUGGAAUGAAGCCUGGUACCUCAAGACUAUUGACAUCUGCCAUGACCACUUUGGCUGGUAUCUGGGUUGGGGAGACUGCGUCUGGCUUCCCUUCCUCUACACAUUGCAGGGCCUUUACCUGGUCUACAACCCAGUCCAGCUUUCCACGCCCCAUGCCGCAGCUGUGCUUAUUUUGGGUAUUGUGGGAUACUACGUCUUUCGCUCAACCAACCAUCAGAAAGAUCUUUUCCGUCGCACAGAAGGCAAAUGCAAAAUCUGGGGUAAGAAGCCCACCUUCAUCGAGUGUUCGUACCGCUCAGCCGACGGCGGCAUUCACAAAAGCAAGCUAAUGACGUCAGGCUUCUGGGGAAUGGCCCGUCACAUGAACUACACGGGCGAUCUGAUGGGAUCGUUGGCAUACUGCAUGGCCUGUGGCUUUGAGCACUUGCUGCCCUAUUUUUACAUCGUUUACAUGACCAUUCUACUGGUUCACCGUUGUGUGCGCGAUGAGCACCGCUGUAGUAACAAGUACAGCAAGGACUGGGACCGCUACACCACGGCUGUGCCCUACCGCCUGCUGCCUGGUAUCUUCUAGAGAGAUUGCAUUUCAACAUAUCCCAGACUGCCGUGUUUUAACCACAAAACAACUUUUACAGGAGUCUCAGUUAACAGUGUGUGCCUAUGUAUGAAUAGAAGAGUUUCCAAAGAUUAUUUUGAGUGAAUGUGAGCGUGUAUGUGAAAAUAUCACUACAAGAUUAUCAAUGUGGCACAAUGCAUUUCACUACAGAUUGCCAUUUUAAAAGACUCAAGAUACUGUGAACUCAUGGCUUAAUGCUUUUGCAUUUGAUUAAGCUCUACAGUAUAUGGUAAUUCAAUAUUGCACCUCUCGUGGAAAAAAGUUCUUCUAUUUGUUGUUUUUUUGAUAAGCAGGAAAACACAUUGUACACAGUAUAUAGCUCAUUAUAGUUGAAAGGGGUAAAAGUAAGUGUCAGAUGGAGCUUAUCAUUUCUAUUCAUAUUUUUGCUACCAGACACACUAUUCACACUACACAAUUUUUACCUCUUUGUUUUUGCUUUUUCUCAUGGUGAAAACUUAUUAUACCUAGUGUUCAACAAAUAAAUAU